CCGCGACGGCGGCAGCAGCGGCGGCGGCGGUCGUGGCUGAGGCCAGGGGAAGUGAAUGGUUUUACCCAGAGGGCCCUGCGCCGCCUUUCUCCGCUGGCACCGGCGCCGCUGCCUGCUCCUCCUUCCCGGCCAUGGCGUUCACGUUCGCGGCCUUCUGCUACAUGCUGGCGCUGCUGCUCACCGCCGCGCUCAUCUUCUUCGCCAUCUGGCACAUUAUAGCAUUUGAUGAACUGAAGACUGAUUACAAGAAUCCUAUAGACCAGUGUAAUACCCUGAAUCCUCUUGUACUUCCAGAGUACCUCAUCCAUGCUUUCUUCUGUGUCAUGUUUCUUUGUGCAGCAGAGUGGCUUACGCUGGGUCUCAAUAUGCCUCUCUUGGCAUAUCAUAUUUGGAGGUAUAUGAGUAGACCAGUGAUGAGUGGACCAGGACUCUAUGACCCUACGACCAUCAUGAAUGCAGACAUUUUAGCGUAUUGUCAGAAAGAAGGCUGGUGCAAAUUAGCUUUUUAUCUUCUAGCAUUUUUUUACUACCUAUACGGUUUCUAUUAUGGAAGACGAUGAAGUGCUAGACCGAAAUUUAUGAAAAAGCAUGAUCUAUGUUUUGGUGAGCUCUUAGAACAACACACAGAAGAAUUGGUCCAAAGUGCAUGCAAAAAGCCACCAAAUGAAGGGAUUCUAUCCAGCAAGAUCCUGUUUCCAAGAGUAGCCUAUGGAAUCUGAUCAGUUACUUUAAAAAAUGACUCCUUAUUUUUUAAAUGUUUCCACAUUUUUUGCUUGUGGAAAGACUGUUUUCAUAUGUUAUACUUGGAUAAAGAAUUUAAAUGGAAUUACGUAUAAAUUAAUAUAAAAUGAUUACCUCUGGUGUUGACAGGUUUGAACUUGCACUCCUUAAGGAACAGCCAUAAUCCCUUGAAUGAUUGCAUUAAUUAUUGACUAUCCUUAGUCCAUUGGAAGCUUUUGUUAUAUAUAGGAACUUGUAGGGCUUAUUUUGGUUUUAUUGAAAUGCCAUCUAAUUAUGAAUUAGCUGUAGAUAUCAGGUGCUUCUGAUGAACUGAAAAUAUAUAUCUGACUUGUGGGAAACUUCAUGGGUUUCCUCAUUUAUCAUGUAUGUGAUUAUAUAUGGACAUAUUUACAAAAUAAGAAGAGUGGAAUUUUUUUCCCUCCAACUUGAAUAUUAUCCCUGUAUAUUGCAUGAAUGAGAGAUUUCCCAUAUUUCCAUCAGAGUAAUAUACUUGCUUUAAUUCUUAAGCAUAAGUGAACAUGAUAUAAACAUAUAUGCUGAUUUACUUGUGAAGAAUGCAUUUAAAGCUAUUUUAAAUGUGUUUUAAUUUGUAAAGAUGUCAUUUAUAAAGAAAUUGGUUAUUAUACUUAACUGUUCUAAUCUGGUGGUAAAGGUAUUCUUAAGAAUUUGCAAGUACUUUAGAUUUUCAAAACUGAAUGAGAGAGAACAUUGUAUAACCGUCCUGCUGUUCCUUUAGUGCAAUACAAUAAAACUCUGAAAUUAACU